AUGGAGAAUCUUGUCGAAAGUAGCCAAGACCCAAAUCAUCUAGCGUCUCGCUUCGAAGUCACGGUAGACUUUCUCAUCCGGCAGGUAGCAUACCUAACCGAGCAGCAUGCCUCUCAGGUGAGAGAUGAACUUCGGAAGGCUGCAGCCGCUGUCAAGGGCUCUGCAGCCCCAUCCCCCAUUCCGGGCACCGAGUUUCCCGCCGGCCACCAGAGAACCAUUUCAGCCCUUUCCUUGAGGCGCGACUCCCCUUUCCCGAAAACCGAAGCGACCGGAGGGUUAGGGACGCCCGUGGACACGUCGUAUCGCCCCAACAUUUCUCGAAACCCUUCCGGCAACACCCCCUCGUUCCAACACAAUCUAGGCGGCGGCUCGACACCACGGCCGGGAAAAGAGGUCCUCAGGCCCGGAGAAGCUCUCGGGCAACGACGCCGAAUCUCCUCUUUACCCAUGGCACCCCGAACCCCCUCUCCGGGGCCUGCCGACACGAGCUCCGACGACUCGGAUGGCUCCAGCCCCGCGCAGUCGCGCAUCAUCCGCCGACCUCCUCGAUUUUCAACGCAAGACGACCCUUCGUCCUACGGGGAUGAUGAGGAAGACGUUGAGCCUGCGUUUGGUGGCUACCAACAAGAUUCUUCCGACCUAGGGUCUACCCUAAGAGGGGACGGAAAGCAGAAGAGCUUCGGAAAGCAAAGACUUCAUCGCUCUCAGACUUCUGAUUCGUCGACGGGCUCGGCGGCAAUCGUCCCGAGAGCUAUCAAGACAAGUGGUCGUGCGGGGUCCGGUCCCCUCUCUCCUCGAGCUGCCCAACUCUCGGGGCGCAGUGGCUCAGGGAAGGGCAAGGAGACAUCAAGAGAGGGUAGCGAAGGGACUCCUAGCAUGGGGAGUAGUUUUAGCGAUCUUGAUGAUUCGUCCGUUACACAAUCCGCGAUGGCGGAGGCCUUGGCGGCUGGAAUUCAGGACGGCGCAAUUGGGAGUCGCUUGAGCAUCGCGCAAUCUAUUAGCAGAAGCUACUUCAUCAACGAGGUCGAUGAAAUUCGAAGUCUUAACCAGCCUGAUACGUACUUUAGAUAUCAUAUUGAUAUUCUUGAUCGCGUCAAUGACCGGCAGAAGUUCUGCUUCAACAGCGCUAUUGAGGGCAUCAUCCAUGCUCGCAUCGAGGCGGAGGGGCUACAAAAGCUUAGACUUCCUUUAGGCAUCCAGAGCGAUCAGCCGCAUGUUGACAUUUUCUUGAGCCCCGACAUCAGGGAGAAGAGUCGGGUGGUCGUCAUCUUUGGCGAGACCAGCCAAAUGCUCGGCACGCUGGCCCUCCGAAUCAUCAAUGGCCGAGGUGGCGUUGACAAGGGCAGCGUCGUGCCGGCUUUACGCAAGAUCAAGGAGCAGCGCUGCUCUGGGGAGGAUAAAAGCUCGCCAGGCAUCAUCUUGGCUAACAUGGGCCAGACUUUUGUCAACUCGGUACCGGGGAACGAAGACCAUUACCGCCAUGUUAGGUACAUGUUUGACGAGGUUUUCAAGGCUGUCGUGAGUCCUAUCGCCAAGAUCGAUAUCAUCGGAAUCGGCGACGGUGGGGAUGCUGUGGUCUCUUUCCUAGACCAAGGCUUUUCCUGGGCCAUCCAUGGACCCCGCCUUCAUUCUCUGGCUCUGCUCGGUCCGAGUUACCAUGUGGACAUGUUACGGUGUGACGGGCUCAAGAAGUUCUUGGAGGAGCGAGCUCGAGUGUAUCUCGUCGAGUCUUCGGUAGCGACAGGCGCCUUACUCUCCACGCAUCGCGGAAAUAAGGAUUACCCAGGUCACACAGCACUCGGAUGCCCAGUUUACAGCAGCGGGGAGCACUACUUUAUUGAGUGCAUCCUGCCCCGGGCCAAUGAACACAUUCUCAAUUGGAUUCAGGAAGUAGCAGAUGGCGAAAACUACAGAAACAACCUUGACCUCGUGCCCGUCAAGCUCACCGAGAAUGAGGCCGUGGUUGGCGAGGCGAAGGAACCCCAAUGCUCGGCGUGGGACAGUGUCCCGGAAGAGCGAAAGCCAAUUGUGUCAUUUGGGAAUAUGGAGGCCCUGGCAGAUGAGGUGCGUCUUCUGCGCAUGUGGGACAAGUAUCAAAAAACGGGCAAAUUUGAGCCAGUGACAUGA